UUUCUCCCUUUGCCUUUGUAACCUGAGCCAUGUGGGAGUAGUGGCUCGUUUUCGGGGCGAUCUGCAGGUGACAGGUGGGAGAGGGAGAAGGAGGGAAAAGCUUUCGGAAGAUUGUUGGGAGGUGCCAGAUAUGAAAACAGAGAACAAAAGAGAAUGAAAACUGAAGCAAAAGAGAAGAGGAGGAAUGGACCUUCUGCUUCUCAGCAUGGUGACCUCCAUGAAAUCACAAUGGAGCGGGGGAAGGAGGAAAUAGCAGAGAGAAGUCUGUGCCCUGUGUAUGAGGUCAGUUUCAAUUUUGAACCAAGCCUUCAACCUCAGUGGAAAAUGCACAUAGAGGAGAAACCCUAUAAAUGGGUGGAAUGUGGGAACAGCUUUGGCGACAGCAAAACUUACUUUAAGUUUAAAAACAAACAAACACACUGAGGAGAAACCAUCAAAAUGCUUGGAGUGUGGAAGGAGCUUCAGUAUGAAUACAUGCCUCAGUAGACAUCGUAGAAUCCACAGUGGGGAGAAACCAUAUGAAUGCUUCAGAUGUGGGAAGAAGUUCAAUCGAUCAGAUGUCCUUCUUAGACAUUGAAAUAAUCCACACUGGAGGCAAACCAUUUAAAUGCUUGGAGUGUGGAAUGAGCUUCAGCCUCAAGGAAUAUCUUACUAAACAUCAAAGAACCCACACUAGGGAGAAGUCUUAUACAUGCUUGGAGUGUGGAAUGAGCUUCCGUUGGAGCUCAUACUUCGCUCCACAUCAAAGGAUUCACACUAGAGAAAAACCAUGUAACAGCUUAUAGUGUUGAAAGAGCUUCUGUCACAGGAAGUCACUUAUGUCACCUCAAAUAGUCCCAUCAUCAGACUGGUGUUCCAAAGUACAUUUCAAGCCUCACUUUAUAGUAAAGCUUUCAUUUAUGUGGGGAGCAACCCAGAGGUGUAUCUAGGGUAGAGCAGCCAUGGCACGUGCCCUGGGCACCAUGCCAGUGCCACUGCUUCCUCGGUGCUGUAGCCACUACAGCCGGGUCUCUGGGUGGUUUACAAUAGAAUAAAAACAAAGUAAAACAUUCGUUAAGACAAAAAUGGGGGUGGGGGGGACACACACAUUACAACAACUUAAAAAUUUUAAAAUAAUAUUUUAAAACAGCAUUGAAACCAUUAAAACAACAUUAAUUAAAAGCCUGGGUGAAGAGAUGUGUUUUUAAAUUCUUUUUAAAAGCUGUCAGAGAUGGGGAGGCUCUUAUUUCACUAGGGAGUGCAUUCUAAAGCCUCGGGGCAGCAGUGGAGAAGUAGCGAACUUAGUUGCGAACGCUCCACUGAGCUCCCAUUGGCCAGAGGCGGAAGGAGCACCGGCCCUCCUGAUUGGCUAAUAAUGCACGAGGCAUGCUGCUGGUUUGAUUUUUCCCGGCACGGGUGUGCAUGCUCUCCAAAUUUCAGCGAUGGCAAAGCAUCGAAAUUACGGACCAGUGACCAGGACUAACUGAACCCCCCUCCGCCUCACCUUUGCUGGCGGGCACCAGAGGCAGAGCACACUUUUCCUGAAAGGCUGAAUCAUUAGGGGUCCCCCCCCCUGCAGUUUUACUAUAAGUACAGGACAAGUGGGUUCUUUCUGAUUUUUACAUUUAAACAAACAAACUUUUGUUGUUGUUGCAAGCAAUUGAAUAACUGAUCUGUUUCCCACAUUCGUGUGAGGCAGACAAAAAAAAUAUUCUGAGCGUUCAUCCCUUUAUCACUUGCAGUUCUUCUAUGGAAGCUUUUCCUUCCUUUUUCCUUCAGCAGUGAAAUUAGCUUAGGAAAGCAACGUUUGAGCUGUGAAAAAUUCUCCAUGUGGCAGGACAUUUACCAGAAUACAUUCCCUGAACUAUCAGUUCUUAGAAAUGAAAUGAGGAAGGCUUCCUCCUUGCUGGCUUUAACAAGAUAUGUUACAAAAAGAAUCCAUCAUAUGGCAAGUUCUGGUGUAGGAGUAACUCGUUCACAAUGAUGCUUCCCUUGGUUCUUUCAUUUUUUCAUGGUGCUUCUACCCUAGUGGAAUACCAUGAUGCAACAUUCCCUCAAGAAGAAGAAGGAAAGUGGAGCUGCAGGACGGAAGAGACGAAAGUUGGAGGCGGAGAACGCCAAGAAGUCGAGUGAGUUCUUCAUGCCCGUCUCUGAAACGUGCAGAACAAGAAGUUCGACACGUUCCAUGGAGUCGCCUGUACCUGCUACAAUUUUGUUAGAAACCGAAGGUGGAUCAAGUACAAAUGCGUCACAAACUGAGGAGGAGGAGGAGGUCAAGUUAGUUAAAAUCGAGUAUGACGCGAUUAAGAGUGAGGCUGCCACAGAGAACGUAGACAUGACAGGAAGGGAAGGUGGUGGUGAUGUUGAGUUUAUUGAUGAGAUUUUAUCUGUCAAGAUUGAACCUGACGACACUGAACCUAGUGAACUGGAUGGUGUCAAAGAGCUUCAGACUGUCAUACCAGAAGUGAUUGAACAACAUGACAUUGGACUUCUGAAGUUCAACAAGUAUACUGGAGAAGCAAUUCUGACUGACGCAUUGAGAACAGAAAUAAUAAAGCUGGGUUCUAAGUAUUUCCAGAACAGUGAGGGGCCUUUCCUACCAACAAAUAACCGCUCAAUGAACAAAACUUGGUUCAAGAGGAAAUUGGGAAAUGGUCAUGGUGAGGAAAUGACUCGCACAUGGCUGGUCUAUUCCCCUUCUAAAAGGUCUGCAUUUUGUAUCUGUUGUCUUCUCUAUUCCCAGUCAGACCAUCAAUCCUCAUUGGAGCAGGAAAGUGGAUUCAACCACUGGAAAGCACCUGAAAGGCUUAAUUCUCAUGAAAAUGCCAGGAAUCAUCGGGAGUGCUUCACAAAGUGGAAAGAAAUGGAAAGAAAUUUAGUUGGAAACGGAGGAGUUAUUGACACCGUACAUGAGUCACAGAUUGUGAAGGAAAAGCAGAAGUGGCGGGAUAUCUUGACGAGAAUCCUUCACUGCAUACAAUUCCUUGCGACUCAGAACCUGGCUUUGCGAGGACACAAGGAGUCACUUCAGCUAGAAGACGAUGACUCUAGUGUAGGACAUUUCCUUGGCUUACUGAAACUACUGGCCGUCUUUGACCCUGUCAUGAAAGAACACCUCGCUCAUGUGGAAAGUCAUCCUGGAUCCACGUCUUAUCUUUCACCGGUUGUCCAGAAUAAAUUCAUUCACUUGAUGGCAUCCACUGUUCGCCAGAGUCUACUAAGAAGCAUUCGUAAAGCCAAGUACUAUGGUCUCAUGUUAGACUCUACUCCUGAUCAGGCACACUGUGAGCAGAUGUCAGAAGUAGUGAGAUACGUGGAAGUUGAUUUUGAGAGGAAAACAGUCCGUGUUAAAGAGUCGUUCCUUGGUUUUAUCCAGGUAAGCCAGAAGGAUGCUGAGAGCUUGGUUGAAGACAUCUUGAAACAGUUAGAGAAGGACAAAAUGGAGCUACAAGAUUGUCGGUCACAGUGCUAUGACAACGCUGCUGUGAUGGCUGGACAUAGUAGUGGUGUUUAUCAAAGUUUAAGUGAGAAAAACAACCUGGCAGUGUUUGUGAAUUGCGACAAUCACUCACUCAACUUGGUGGGUGUACAUGCAGCCAAACAGGAUACAAUGAUGGUCAUAUUUUUUGGAACCAUUGAAGCUCUCUACAUGUUUUUCUCUCGCUCAACACAGCGCUGGGAAAAACUCAAAAACGCUGUUCCUGUGGUUAAGUCGGAGUCUGAAACCAGGUGGAGUGCAAGGACCGACGCAGUGAAGCCCGUCAUCGUGUACCUUGAGGAGAUACUUCAAGUUCUUCAGGACAUGAUAGACAAUGAAAACGAGACCAGUGAAACAAGAAGUGAUGCAAGGUUGCUGUACAACAGCAUGUUGAGUUAUGAUUUUCUGACUUUGUUAGGAUUCUGGAACAAAGUACUCAUUCGCAUUGACCGUAUUCAGAAGAGGCUGCAGGAUCCUAGCAUGAACUUCCACAAUACUGCCCUGUAUUUGAAAGUCCUUCGAGAUCAUUUUGAUGAUGAAAGAGAAGUGUUGGUCAGUGAAUCACUCGAAGAAGGGCUUGGUCUCUAUCAAGAAUGGAAUAUUGCAGUUGAAGGACGUCAGAGACGAAAGAAACGAAUGGCUGGUGAGAACUCAAGAGAUGCUGGGUUAACAGCUAAGGAGGAAAUGGAAAGAGUCAUGAAGGGAACACUCGACCGUUUUCACAGAGAAAUGGAUGAAAGGCUCGCUCGUUUGCACGACACUGAUGCCAGGUUUGGGUUCCUUCUUGAUAUCGAGGGUCUUUGUUAUGGUGCCGACAGGAAUGACCUAAAGAAGAAGUGCGAAAAUUUUGGCGAAUUGUACAGCUCUGAUGUUGAUGGACAACAGCUAUAUGAAGAAAUUUUGGCUUGCAGAAUGUUGCUAUCAAGGCUGACUAACAUGAAAAUAUCAAGACCUGAAGAGCUUCUCGAAUUUAUUGUUCAGUAUGGAGAUGAGAGCAUCUUCCCCAAUCUUCGCAUUGCUAUGCAGAUAAUGCUAACCAUCGCAGUUUCCAUCACCAGCUGUGAGAGACCAUUCAGCAAGUUAAAACGAAUACUUUCGUAUUUGAAACCCACCAUGGGUCAAGACAGACUCUGUGACCUUGCUCUGCUGAGUGUAGAAAGAGAAGAAACUGAAAAAACUGACUUUGACCAUAUCAUAGACCAAUUUGCAUCAGUGAAAGGAAGGAAGGUGCAGUUAUAAUUUUCAUGUAGUGCUAUAAUUUGUUAAUUAAAAGAUUAAUGACCUUGACUUGUAUUUUUGAGCUGAUAUUAGGUAAAGUUAACUGAAAGAUGGGUGUCAGAUAUUUGGACAGGGGCGCAAUUUCAGUGCUUGCCCUAGGCACUAUUUUCCAUAGAUACACCUCUGUUGGCGUGUGGAAAGAGCUUUGGCCAGAGGCACUCCCUUACUCCUCACCAGAGAACCCUCUCCGGUGAUUAAUACUGUAACGGAAUUCCCUUUAGAAAAGAGCCACUUUUAUCUGCUUUGGCUAAAGCAAGAAUAACAUUCAAACUUUAAAAAUGUGUCCUAUUUAUCUCAGCAUGAGCUUCUGUUGUAUGUGUUUGACAAAAGAGGGGUAUCUGAGUGGUAAUGCUUUCCUCUCCAUGUCCAGCUCAGUGGUGAAGCACUAUCCAGCUUCCUUCUCUUUUAAAAAUGGUUUAGAGUAUCAGCAUUAUCCGGUGAUCAUGCAUUCUGUAAAAUUUUACUUUGAUGGUGUUUGCCAGGCCUCUUUCCAUAACAUACCACACAUCUAAUUCCUUUUGCUUUAAAAUAAUCUGGACUCCAGAAGGCUAGUUCUUCUCUCUCCAUUACAGUGUAGUAGGGUCGUACGUCAUGUUGGUGCUUCUUUUAGACAUAAGAAAUUAUGUCUAAACUAGUGUUUUUAAGCCCGUUUAAAUAACGGGCUCUAGUGGGGGGGGUGGGGUGCUAGUUUUCUCCUCCUCCCUUCUCCCUCAUGGCCGCCUGGCUCCAUACGUCCGCUUCUGCGGCAGGGCCGGUCCCGCCGCUGCCACCUCCGCCCUCCCUGGUCCCUGUUUCUCCUCCUCCCUCAUGGCCGCCAGGCUCCAUACGGCUGCUUCAGCGGCAAGGCCGGUCCCGCCACUGCCGCCUCCGCCCUCCCCGGUCCCCGUUUCCCCUUCUCCCUCCUCCCUCAUGGCCGCCAGGCUCCAUACGGCCGCUUCAGCGGCAGGGCCGGUCCCGCCGCUGCCGCCUCCGCCCUCCCCGGUCCCCGCUUCUCCUCCUUUCGCACCGAGAGCCAACAUGGCCGCCGUGUCUCUGCGGCCGUAUCUUCCUCGGACGUUCUGGGCAUGCGCUCUGCGCAUGCCCAGAACGGCCGAGAAAGACGGGCACAGAGACGCGGGAUCACACCUAAGCCUUUUAUUAUAGAGGAUGGCAGUAUUUUCCACAGGCACUGUCUGGUCCUCUGGCCGGGUCUAGGAAAUGUUUCAGCCUUUGGGGUUUGAGUUUAAACUAAUAUUUGGACUAUGUGUAGAGGAAUGGUGCAGAGGAAUCCUCUGAUGAUUCAGACGAAAUGCGCCCUGAUUCUCCGGGAGAAGUAGAAAGACCUCUGCAUUCACACAACAGAUGCUAGGCUGGGUGGCCCAUACCAACAUUAAGAACAAGAUCUUGGGGAUAGUGUUUCCAGAACUGCCCUGGAAUCCUGGUUAGACAUUGCAACUAUGCUUUUGUCUGAGAUGGGGGAAUAAUAAUAAUAAUAAUAAUUAUUAUUAUUAUUAUUAUUAUUAUUAUUAUUAAUAAUUCGAUUUCUAUCCUGCCCUUCCAAAAAUGGCUCAGGGCGGUUUACACAGAGAAAUAAUAAAUACAUAAAUAAGAUGGCUCCCUGUCCCCAAAAGGCUCACCGUCUAAAAAGUGAUAUAAGAUAGACACCAGCAACAGUCACUGGAGAUACUAUGCCGGGGGUGGAUAAGGCCAGGUACUCUCCCCCUGCUAAAUAAAGAGAAUAGCUACGUUAAAAUGUGCCUCUUUGCCAAGUUAGCAGGGGCUAGCUUGUCUUAAGGGAGCAGUUCUGUCCCAAUAUCAAUUUGAGCACGGUUUUGGUCUUGGAAAGGAUGAGGAGAUAUAGAUGCAGUUUUAAAAUUUAUUAAGGAGAAAAUGGGGUAUAGGAAGACAAAAUAAUAGUUAGCCAAGGCAAUUGAAUCUUAACUAUUAGGUAACAAUUUAGCUUAAAAUCACCUGAGAAAAAUCAGGUGAUUCCCUUUCUCUCCUCCCCCCUCAUUAUCUCAUUGUCUCUCCGUCAGUAACUGAACAGAAUGUUAUCUGCUCUAAAUCCCCUGCUAACUGGGCAAAGAGGCACCUUUUACCGUGGUGAUUCUCUUUAUUUAGCAGGGGGAGAGUACUGGCCCUAUCCACCCCCAGCACAGUACCUCCAGUGACUGUUGCUGGUGUGUGUCUUACGUUUCUUUUUAGAAUGUGAGCCCUUUGGGGACAGGGAGCCAUCUUAUUUGUUUGUUAUUUCUCUGUGUAAACCACCCUGAGCCAUUUUUGGAAGGGCAGUAUAGAAAUAGAAUUAAUAAUAAUAAAAAUUAUAAUAUAAUAUAAAUAAUGUAACAGCUGGGGAACAGAAGAGGUCUUAUCUGUGCUUAUUUGUUUAACUGAUAAUGGUGUAUAUGCUGAAAAUGUUUUACAUAUACCAACUUUAUUUUUGCACAAUAAAAAAUAUUGUCUUUUGGAA